GCGCGUCGAAGGCUGAGAGCGGAGGCGCUUGGAGCGAGCGGGCGCCGCUGGGUGGCGGCUCCCCGCGCCGCUUAUAUAGCACUCCAUCCCUUUGCGCGCGGCUCCCCUUCUCUCCGGCGCUGUCAUCAGCCAGGGCGGGGGAUGUAAAGCUGCGAGAGAGCCACGGCUCGAAGUGCGAGAACUGGGGAGGAGAGGAGGGGCGGGGGGCUCUUUGUCCUGCCGAGGGAGGAACAGGAGGCAGCACCGUCGCCGAAGCAGGUUCAGUGGACUUGUCAUUCAGAGGGAUCCUGAUGAAUGUCUUCUGCAUUUAUUAAACCCCUUAUCUCUUUUUGUGGGGGAUUUCGUGGAUCUGAACCCUGUCCUAAUAAUGACAGAAUCAUCAGAAGGAUGUGACUGACAAGAGACCUGUGUGGUUUGCACAGGAAUUUUUCUGCUGAUCAGUUUUGUACCUUGAUUCUCCUGAAAAGAAGCAUGCACAGUGGUUGACAUAGUUUGAGAAGAGUUGUAUCUCACUAGGGCUGCAAGUGAAGUGGCUACUUGAAAUCUGAAAAUGAGUACACCACUGGUUCCAAACAAGUUGUGUUACAAUUUAUUGCAGGACAACAGAAAUGAGAUGAAGAAUAACAAUGAACGCAUAAUGACUGUAGGAGACACAAAUGCCAACCAAGUCACAUCAGAGGUUAGAACCUCUGGAGGGAAAUUAAGGACAAAUGAUUUUUCAGGGGAAACUAGAUGCCUGAACAGUGGUGAGCCAGAAAAUAUCACACAAUUAGAUUCAGAGAAGAACAGACUUCAGGGUACAUCUGACCUAUCAGAGUUUAGGUUGCAUUCGACCAUCAGCAGGGAAUUGCAUAAGGAUUAUAGGACUGAUGGGGUGAAGGACACUUCAAAGCUAGUCCCUAUUAGCCGGGGACAUAGUUUGUCCAAUCUGAGGAUUAAUACAAAUGAUGCCUUUUCAGUGGUUCUUUCAAAAAGUGAUGCUGAUCUCAUCCAACAUGUUUCUAAGGAGAAAACACAUAGAAGGAUUGAGCCAGAAGGAAUAAAACGUCUUUCCUUGGGGAGGUCAAGAAAACUGAUGGCUAAAACAGAAGCUUCUGGGAAAGAAUUUGUUGGCCGUGUUUCAGGUAAGCGCUUGCUGUCUGCAUCUUUGGAUUCCAUUGACACUUCACAUCAUUUGAUUGGAGACACUGAGAGAUAUCAGAAAACAUCAAAAGACCAUUUUUUAGGCAUGGUGUUUCAUUCAACUGAUGGCACCUCAGAGGGAAACGCCCAUUAUUCUAAACCACCACUUACCUCAGAAACUAAGAGAGCAAAACAACCAGGUGUGGACAGUGUCCCAAAUUUCAACAAACAAAGCACUCCACAUCCUGCUCAUAUAGAUCUGCAUUUAACUGUAAAAUCCAAUAGUAGAUCAGAAGUACAAUUAGAUCAUCAGGGUGAUAAGAGAGGAAAAAUAGAGCUGAAAAGUCCUGUGUCUUCACAGUCAAAUAGUAUGUGUCAGCAAAAAAAUGACAGGAGUAUGAUGGUUGAAUUUCUUGGAUGCCAGACAGAGGAAAAUAAUGUUGUGAUGCAGAAUAAAAAUGAUUAUGCAUCUGAUGUUUACAAAGAGAAAUCACUUCAUAUACAAGAGCCUUGUAGCAAAGGAGAUGAUCCAUAUUUGCAGGAGAGGAUUGACUCUGCCAGUGACAGACUGGUAAGGGGUAACAAUUCCCCAGGUUUAAGAAGUAGUGACAGCAAGUCAAUGAACCAAGUGAAUGAGGUGUGUAUAGCUGAAAAAGAGGUGGAUUCUGUAUUGUCUUUUGCUGAUGAUAACAAAUACAGUUGCAAACUGACACCUAUAAGAAAUAAAAACCUACAGGAUGCUGACGCAAGUUGCAUUCAGGCAAUGGGUGGGCAUGUGUCUUUUAUGCAUAACAUGAAUCUUCUAGACAGCAAACAUCUGAACAGUAGAGAAAGUAAACUGAUGCUCAUCAAAGGGAAUAGUGAAAAUGCUGCGAUGCUCACUUCUGAUCAACCAAAUGUGCUUAGUGCAGAAAAUGUGUCUGAUUAUCACUCUAACAUCCAGGACUGUGGGUUAGAGAACACAAGCAUUUCAGUUCAGAGCAAGAAAAUGGUUAUUGCAAAGAAAAAUCUUUCAGAUGACACACUGGACACCUAUAAAAUAUCAGGGAGAAUGGAUACCUUUUUAUGUGCCCCGACUCCUUUGCGUCCUGUGGCGGCUGUAAAUGCUAAUAAUCACACCAUAGUAUCAAGCAGCAGUUUCAAAGAUCUCUAUGCUCUUCAGGUUGACAAACUGCCAUCCUCUGCAGUCCUGCCUCCCAUUGAAGGUACACAAUUGCUAAGCCUAUCCCCUAAAGUGCCUCAUAAGACUGCCUGUAAUAGUGGCAUCCCCAAGCCGAUCCUCAUACAUUCCCAUCCAGCCAAGGAUGAUGGAGAGAGCAGCUGCAUUGAGAAGUCUGAAGAUAAGAUUGAGACAAAACCAGACACCCCAAAACCUAAGCAUGUGAGACCUAAAAUCAUCACUUACAUCAGAAGAAACCCCCAGGCAAUAAGCCACCUUGACCAUACUUUUGCCCCAGCUGGAUUACCCUACGUUUCGCCUGCAUGCAGCAUGCCAAUACCAACAGAGCAGAAGACUUCAAAUGAUGGAGAUAUUAAACCAGGCAACAUUCUCUAUGACAAGUUUAAACCUGACUUGCAGAAGCCUCGGAUUUACAGUUCUGGACUUGUGGUGUCUGGCAUUAAAUCCUCAGGACAUCAUUUUACUCAAAUGGGUGAAAAAUUUAUCCAGGAGGUUGGGGAAAGGCCUAUGAAAGAAGAAUUUUGUCCUCCACCGUAUGCUCACUAUGAGGUGCCUCCAAGCUUUUAUCGUUCUGCAAUGAUACUUAAGCCCCAGUUAGGACUAGGUGCAGUUUCCAGAUUACCAUCUGCAAAAAGCAGGAUUUUGAUUGCAAGUCAAAGGUCUUCAGCAAGCUGCAUCCAUCCACAAGGGCCAAUAACCAGUUCUCCUCCGCUUUUCCAUCCUGAUAAUUCAGUUGAUCUUAAAAAAGGUCCAAAUCCAAAUGCUACAAAGUCAAAUCUUCCAAAGCCGUGCCCAUCUGGACUUCGCCCUCCUGGCUAUUCCCGGUUGCCAGCCGCUAAACUAGCCGCCUUUGGCUUUGUCAGGAGCUCAAGCGUCUCCUCCAUCUCAAGCAACCAAUCAAAUGACAGCGCCCAGAGUGAUCAAAGCAGAACAGCCAACCGUUCAAAUUUUGGAAAUGAGGAGCAAACCGCUCCUAAGGCAGCUGAGCCUUCUAAAGAAGCACCCAAGGGGGCCAGUAGGACUCCGCCACAGGCAUCACAUAGUACACCAGUGGCCCGCAGGAGUUUACUUCCAGCACCGAAGACAACCACAGCACCUGCUGGCUCAAAGAAAGAAAUACAGAAAGAUCAAGAGGCUAACAGGCCCACCACUUCAUCCCCUAAGAGGCUGGCUGUACCGUCAACAAAGCUUCACUCACCAGGACACCCUAAACAAAGGUCAUCUGCUCCAAGGAAUGGAUUUUCUACAAAGCCUGACUUGCAGACUCGAGAGGCUGAGCGGCAGCUCAUCCAGCAAAUGAAGAAAAAGUGUGAUGAACAGGACAGGAAAUUCAGCUGCAUCCAGGAGGAACUUAAGAGAACCGGCUGCGGUUUUGAUGUUUUUGUGAUAACAACGCAGCAUUUCUUUCAGAAGAAUGAAAGUGCCCUUGUGAAAGAAAAAGAGCUUUCGGCAGAGCUUGCAAACAUCAAAGAUGAAGUUGUCCUCCACACAGCGAGAUACGAGAAAUUACAAAAAGAGAAGGAGGAGCUGGAGAAGAAGUUUGAGGGUCAGCUGAGGAAGCUUGGCUGGGAACAGCAGGAGGAGCUUCACACUCUCGAACAGUGUCUGCAGUUACAGUAUCGUGCUGAAAUAGAGCAAUUGCAAGAGGAUCACAAGGCACAGCUUGCCAGGACCAAGAGUCAGCACCAAGAACAGGUGGAAGACAUUACAACAACUCAGGAAGCAGUGGUGUCAGAGAUGGAAAAUAGCCACACAGUUGCGAUGACAGCGCUUCAGGAUGAAUAUGAGCGCAAAGUUCAAGAACUAAAAUCCGCACAUGAGCUGGAAAAGAGAGAACUGGAAGAGAAUUUUGAGAAGCUGCGCCUGUCACUCCAGGACCAAGUUGAUACCCUCACUUUUCAGAGCCAGUCUCUGAAGGACAAGGCAAAACGAUUUGAAGAGGCAUUAAAGAAAAACACUGAAGAACAACUAGAGAUUGCUCUGGCUCCAUACCAGCAUCUAGAGGAAGACAUGAUUAGCCUAAACCAGGUCAUGGAGAUGAAGAAUCAACUCAUUCAUCAACAGGAAAAGAAGAUCAUAGAGCUAGAAAGACUGGCUGACAAGAACUUAAUAUUAGAGGAAAAAAUUCAGGUGCUUCAACAGCAAAAUGAGGAUCUCAAGGUCAGGAUUGAUCAGAACACUGUGGUGACAAGACAGUUAUCUGAAGAAAAUGCUAAUCUCCAGGAAUACGUUGAGAAAGAAUCCAAGGAAAAAAAGAGGCUAAGCAGGACUAAUGAAGAGCUGCUGUGGAAACUUCAGACAUCAGAACCCAUGAGCCCGGCUAAACUGUCUCCAACAUCUCCAACGCACAUUUAUCGCUCUUCAUCAGGACCUCCUACACCAGCUAAAGUCAGCACCGUACCAAGAUGACAGUCACAUGGAGCUGUUUAAGAUGACUUGUCCCUGACAAUGUCCCUAUCUACUGAAUGUUAUCAUCUAAGAAAGUAUUAACCACAGUAUACGUAGAUACCUGGGAUGGUUUACUCUACCAACAUGCUGUCUAACUGGAUAGCUGUAUAUGGCUAGGCCAUAUACUCUUCUGGUUCCUGCAUCAGAAGUCCCUAGGACUGAUACACUGAUGCCAUAAAAUACCAGAAUCCAGUGUAGCUGGUGCACAGAAACCUCUUCCAGAAACUUCUUCUUAGAAGCAAAAGCAAAGCAAAACUCUUAUUACUACUUAUCGUUCACUCCAAAUGAACUUUUUGCUGCAGUAUUUCAGGUUAGUUGCAAGUUCAAGUUUUGAAUAGCUCUGUGUGUGAGUAGCUGCUGAUAAGUAUGGAUGGCACAGGCAUCCAUGCCCAUAAUGCGAGGCACACAUACGACACACGUACACAUCUCUGUAUAUGUAGCUGAAGCUUUUUCCGGAUUACAUUUUUUAUAUUAAUGGAUUCUACAAAAAGUGCUGAUCUAUUUUCAUGACAGUCAGCAGUUUUCUAACCUGUGCCUAAGAGUUAUACUGAAAUUAAUUGCUUUUUUUUUUUUUGGUCAAAGCUUCCCAGGAAUAUUUCUACCCAAACUAGAAGAAAAUUACACAAACAUAGAAGCACCUUUCAAAUGACCACCAAGUGGUAUAUUUUCUAAAGCAAAACACCAGCGACUUUAACUUUCUUAAGUAGUUAACUGCCUUCAAAAUAAACUGCUUUUCUUAUUAAUUGCCAGCCAUGGUCACUCAUCUCCCAGGUAAAAAUCAGAACACUUAUCACUGUUGUAAAUUCAGAAUGGGCAAGCUGGCCUCAAAUUUUACAAUCCCAGCUCUUAUUUAUCAAGAUGACUCAAUGUUAGCCCAGCUGGGGCUUUUUACAUGAUGUUUUUGAAGUCCCUGAAUUAAUUGCAUGCUAAAAGUCCCCAUCUCCCAAGGCCCCUUUUUUUUUAAAGUGACCGUGGAAGCAUAGACUGAAAGGGUGAACCCACAGUUAGAUUUCCUAGAUGUAAACAGUGCUUUUAUUUUUGGUAAAAAAAAAAAAGAGGACCUGGUACUCAUAGCUUGAUAAAAAUGCCAUAGGUGUCAGCCCAAAUUGGCUGCCAUGGACAGCAAAAAGAAAAGAGGUGAUGGUACUCCGUACCACUGAGUACUGCCACACAAAAGAAGCACCGGCGGUAAACAUGAGUGUGCUAAGAAUAUCAGAAGAGCCCUGCUGGGUUAGGCCAAAAGCCCAUCAAGUCCAGCAUCCUGUUCUCACAGUGGCCCAGCAGAUGCCUAUGGGAAAUCCACAAGAAAAACCCAAGUGCAAGAGCACUCCCACCACCUGCAAUUCCCAGUAACUGGUACUGAGAGGCAUCCUGCCUCUGAUGUUCUUCACCCACAUUUUCCCCUUCUUCACAAAUAAGAAAGCCCUGUUCUAUUGACAACAGAACUGGGCUCUCUCAAAUACACAAGGGUGGCCCACCUGUGCAAUCAACCCAACUAGCAGCUUGAGGCAGCAAUAUUGUUAAGGGAGUAUGCAAUCUGAGAGUUGCCACCGCUGUCCGAGGCAACGUCACUCAGAAUACUGAGGUUAUCUGUGUUACCAGCAGCCUCUGCCACAUUGCUUAGGAUCCUGCGAAUGCAGCUCUCAGAUCCAGAACUCAGAUUGUCUUAGGUUGGUCAUGUUCAUAGAAUAGCAAUCAACAUUGCACACCUAAAUUUUAUCAGCACUCAAUGGCACAUUUUCAAGGGGUUUUGGUAAUGGCCAAAGCACUGGCCAUUCUGUCUCUGCCUUCUUUGCAGCCAUCUCAACACUACUGCCCAAUGUGUGUCUAGUAGCAGAACAAGAGAGGCCGUCAAGGCUGCUAGAGUGUAGGCUGGUUCCCUAGAGAGUAGCAUAGCUGUCAAUAAUAGUGUUAGACCUUACGAAGGUUUUUAAGCAUGAGCUAGACAGACAAAAGAGGAUGCAUCCAAUGCCCCUUCUUAUCUUUGAUGUGAUAGAUAGAAGGUGGGUUCCAGCGUGCGUGUCCAGAGUUGUUAGACUUAGACUGUGAAAGCGUUGAACGUAGCGUUGGACAGUUCUGGAGCAUGAAUCAUCUAAGCAAAGAGAAAAAAUGUUUUUAUAUAUCCAUGUGAUGCUUUGGUUCUCAGUUGAUGGUCAUGGCUCAACUCAUUUGCAAAGUACAGCCUUCUGCUACCACCUCCGAGUCCUUUAUAGCCAGGGCAGCUCAAAGUACCAAAAGCACACUGAGGAGAAGGGAGGGAAUUUGGGUAGUCCUCAGUGAGCUGUGAGAGUUGUCACAUGUUUCUCUAAAGUCCACACAAGUGCUUAGUUCAACAAGGCUGCUUGGUGUUUGUGUAUAUGACUUGCCUGUGAUGUAGGCCUUAGGCAGAAGCUGUAGCUCAAGAGACAGCCAGCACCAUCCAACUGCCACAAAUCUGUGGCCCAGUUCCAUGACGUACAAUGUAACAAGGUUAAUUUUUUUUAGAGAAAUUUAUUUUUGUAGCUGCCUUGCAUGAUACUGUGAUACUGAGUACAUCUUCUUAGAUUAGUUCAUGCCACAUUCAUAACUAUCACAAACAACAAGACUAGCUUUUGUGUAAUGGGCAAGUACAAACUGAGAGUAGGAUAGUUGUGAGAAGGACCCACUGAUUCAGUUUUAGCCAGUUUCCAUACCACACUUGCGGUAAGACAUAGAUGCACCUGUUUCAUUGUUAUAUUGCAAAUGUUGUACUAUGCCAGCUCAUGUAAGUGAUGUAUAUACCACAAUGCUGAUCAAUUGAAAUUACCUUGCAUAGCUCUGUAAAUUAUGUGUCACUCUCCGCUUAU